CCUGCGUCGGAUGCAUAUAGCCAAGUACACACCUACAGUUGCACGCCGUCUUCGUCAGACGGCGAGCAUGCCAAGGCGAUACGGCUAGCAUACCAAGGCGAGACGACCAGGAUUGCCUUCUGAUACUGGGGAAAGGAAAGCUCCCACGGCUCGGCUUUCUUCGUCGCAUGCCCACCAGACGAUAGCCCGCCCAUCCCCUCCAGUCAUGGUCCAAAAACUUGAUACCAUAACAUCGAGGCCCCGGACCUAUGAUCUCCAGGUCGGAUGCCCCUCCAGCUACGCGGUUCGCACUCGCAUACCUCUGCGUGCCACCGAGCGUCCAGAUAGGUUUAGAGCUUAUGCUCCUUCGUCAGACAGUUAACGGUCCUCCGUCAUCACACGUGUUGGGCAUUUACGAAACAAUAUGGUAUGUAUUUUGUGCUCGGCACCAGCGCCUGCGUUGUGCGCGACAGAUAGGGUUGAACGGGCCCUGGGAUUUUGCGCACGGCCGGCUGUUGCGCGCAGGCAAACUCGAUUCGGUGUCUCGUCGGAGACGAGGAUGAGGCCAGACACGUUGGAGAUCGAUUUAGUCUGGGUGCCGGCUGCCGUCUCAGAGGGUGAGCUUGUCGCAUUGGCCUCCCCAUUGGCCGGCACCGCCUGUGCCGGCAUACCCAGGCAUACCGCCGUCUUCCCCCUCCCCAUGGGUCCUCGUCGUGGGUCCUCGUCGUGGGUCGAUCGAGCGGUUCUGUAUGCAGUCACCCCGACCAAGUUCUGGAUUCUUCGACUCGUCCGGUCAUUCGAGCCAAGACGACCCAGGUACCUGUCACCAGUGUCGCAUCCAGCUCGUCUCGCCGUGCCGGUGCCAGGGAAGAUGGGACGCCUAAACCCACGUCUCGCAGGUGUAAGGUACCUACAUAUCUAGAUAGACGGUUGAGUGCGAAGACCAGGGUGUUCGUGUGUGUGUGUGUGUGUGUGUGUGUGUGUGUAUGCGUGCGAACGUAGUAUUGAGCACAUUCGCACAUCCACGCGCGGCGAUAAGGAAGCUCUGCACAUAACAC